AUGUACAAAUACAUCCAGGAAUCGGUACGCUCUUGCGAAAUGUGCCAGCAUGUGAAGCCUGCGCCAUCUUCACAAGCCCCAUUACGACCGCUCUUGAUUUCUACGGAAGCCUCGUGCUCCGUCAGUAUGGACUUCAUCUUUGGUCUCUUACCGAAUGAGAAGAAUUUCCCAGGCGUCUUGUUUCUUGUGGAUCUAUUUAGCAAAAUGGUGCACUUUGCUCCAGUCUCCGCGCACACUACGGCGGAGAAAACCGCGAAGAUCUUUAUUAAUCUCAUAAUCAGACACCACGGCUUGCCAUAUUCCAUCGUCUCAUACCGUGACCCGGGCUUGACUUCGGCUUUUGGACAGAGCUGUUUUGAUUACUGGGCACGCGUUUGCUUGUGUCUACGGCGGCCCAUCCAGAAACGGAUGAGCAAACGGAGUGUGUCAAUUGAGUGCUUGAAGAUGUCCUGCAUACUUAUGCGGCAUCGUUCUUUUCGUAAAGCUCAUUCCUUCCACUCGCCGAAUUUGCAAUCUACAAUGCAGUCCAUGCGUCUCCAGGAUUGA